AUGGCGGACCCUCUGUACGAGCUCCUUCAACCAUACCUACAGUCCUCUUCUCAACAGUCAUCAUCACCAUCCUCCUCGUCUUCCUACAGCCCCGAAAUCUCCCAGUAUCUCUCCCGCCUGGUCUCGCUGCGUCUGAGCGAUCUGACGACCACGGAGCCGCAAUCCCUCGCUCAAGCCCAACAUUCAAACCUGGUCUCACUCCAGGCACUCUCAUCCCGCUCAUACCGCACGACCACCAUCUCAUCAGACCACCUCAGCACGCUCCAGACAUCACUGCCCCAAAUCUCGGCAGCCGUCGAGUCUAUCAGAAAGAGCAUCCCGGUUCUAGACGCCAGUGCCGUCACAUUCGCUUCAUCGUACGGCCGCUCCAAAGACGAGAUCACAGGAGAGAGUCAAGGAACCGCGCUCCUCGCCGCGCGACGAAAUGCGUCUCUUCUCGCCCGCCAAGCCGACAAGGCACAAGACAUUCUUGAACUGCCCUCGCUGCUACGGGCUUCAAUCGCCUCUGCGGGCACCGCUGCGUCCGCUUCCACUUCCACCAGCUCUACUUCCUCCGCGAACUACACGCAAGCGCUGGACCUCUUCGCGCACAUCAAGCGUCUGCAGAUUCUGUAUCCGGAUUCCCAGCUCCUCAGGGCCGUGCUCGUCGACGCCGAGAUCGCCAUGAAGGACAUGACGACGAACCUGAUCGCCAGUCUGAGGGGGCCGAACCUUCGCCUCGCACCAGCGAUCAGGAUGAUCGGCUGGUUGCGCCGAGUUGCGCCGGAGUUAUCCACGGCGGGCACGGGCACGGGCACAGGCACAGGCACUGGUCCGACUGGAGCUACCGCUAAUACACUCCACACACCCACUACAUUGAUGUCCUCGCAAAUGGGAUCACUUUCCACGACGACACCUGCGCAGGAUGAAGGCCAUUUCGGCGCUCUCUUCCUCGUCGCCAGAUUAUGCACCUUCCUCAGCAUGACCGAAGCGCUCGCGCCACUUCGCGAUCUCGCCGACCAAGAAACCCAGGCUCGUAAGGAGGGUAACGCGCAAAAAAUUGGCAACCGCAACCCAGAAGCGUCGACACGUCCCCAUCCCUCGCGUAAGCCCAGCGGCGGAGGAGGGUAUAAUCCCCAAGUCGCCGGGCAGCAAACCGAACGCUACUUGAAACGCUACAUCGAGAUCUUCCGCGAGCAGUCCUUCGCCACGAUUUCCAUGUACCGCAACAUCUUCCCCGUCGAGGGGACAGCACCGCCCAGCAGUGACACGCCAUCAUCAUCCUCAUCCUCAUCACCAUCGCCUCCGUCGCUAGAGCUGGAUCUCGCGUUGCCGCCGGCGCUGCAGACCUUCCCACUCCACCUGGUGGAGAUUUUUAUGGCUACGCUCAAGCAGUACUUACCCAACGUGACGGACGCGACGGCACGGGAGAGCUUGCUCAUGCAAGUCCUGUAUGCGGCCAAUAGUCUAGGACGGCUGGGUGCGGAUUUCAGUUUACUGAUCGCGGAACUAUACGAGGAAGAUGAGGAUGAGAGCCACGAAGACGUGCCGUCGCCGCUGUCGGUACAAGAGGGAGAUAUUGCGGAAGCCACGACCGAGGAAGGCGCCGCUGACAAUUCAAACGGAGCUGUUGGACGUGGAGAACUGUCACACGAAGGUCAAGGAGAGCGCGGGCCCAGACCAAAGCCUGAGCACGAGCCCGAAUGGAUCACCGUGAUCAAGAAACACCGUGUCCAAGCAGCGAGGCUAGAGGCCCUAGCAGCCGGGCAGGAAAGAGUGGCGCACAGACAAGGCUCGGUGGAUGUUGCCGUUCGAUAG